GUCGCUUGCUCUCUCUGCCUCUGCCUUCGUCGCCUCAUAUCCCUGCUCCCUGUCACUGCAUCACACCGUCGCAGUUCAUGCACAUGACGCAUUCCUUAUUUUUUUAGGUCAGGAGCUGUGAAUUUAUAGCAGUUCAUGGUGCCGUGCUUGACUUCCGGCGUUGGGUGAUGUUUUAGGGUUUAAGCGAUCGCCUGAGUUGGGUCUCCUCGUGGCCAGCUGUGGGUGUCGAGAGGGGAAUUGAGGUCGUAUUGUACAGAGGGUUAGGUGAUUGAGGGGGAAGAUGCUGGGGAAUGGUGUGGAGUGAGUGGGGAAUUCAGUUAUGGGGCCCUUGCGGCUCACCCUACAGCAUGUUCUGGCUUGUCCCUGUGUGCCCUGUUAUCGAUGGGGGUCGGUGAUGAGGCUGUGCUUGCGAAGGUUUGCCCAUGUAGUUGCGGAAACUAGCUACAUGGAUUCUCCGAGUAGUUACUCGUGGAGAGAUCUGGAUUACGAGGUUCCGUCUCCUGUUGAUUAUUCGGGUUUAGCGCACCGACCUUAUUGGGUCACCAGGGAAAAAUUGCAGGCGAGGGAUGACGAGAAGGAGAAGCUAGUUGCACAGGUUUUGAAUCCCAGGGAUGAGUUUUCUGUGAAGGAUAUGCUCAGCUGUUGGGUCAGGAAGAUUGGAUCUAGACACCACAGAUUGAUGCAAGAGAAUACGGAUGGGAAUUCGCUAAGUGGGGCGAGGUAUGUUCGUUAUGAACAAGUCGCGAGGACUGUGAACGCAGUUUUACAGGAAUUAGGACGAAAGGGCUACCCUGAUGAAGCACUCCAAGUUUUAGAAUGGAUGCAGCUGCAGGGGUGGUGUAGAUUAGACCCGCAUUUGUACACUACGAUUAUUGAUACUUUGGGCAGCUCAGGGUGCUUGGAUUUAGCGAAGAAAAUAUUUUCUGAUAUGGAUGAUUCAGUGAAGAAAGACACGGUGUUAUACAACUCUCUUCUACAUGCUUACUGCAAAUCAGGCCAGGUGGAGACAGCGAAUGAGCUGUUUAAUUCUAUGAAACAGAAGGAUUGUCGGCCAGAUCUAUCUACCUACAACACUAUCAUGAAUAUGUACGUGAAGACCGAUGUUGGCCUUACCAAAGUGCUCUCAUUAUUCAAGGAGAUGUGUUUGCAAGGUAUACAACCAGACGUAGUUUCCUAUGAUAUUCUUUUGGCUGCUUGUGCUCCCAAACAGCAUGUUAAGGAGGCGCAACGGAUAUUCGAUACUAUGAAGAAAAGGCGGGGUAUCAAACCCACAGUUGUAACUUACACAUCGCUUAUUACUGUUUAUGCUAAUGCUGGUGAUUUUCGAUCAGCUAUGCAAGUAUUCGGUGAGAUGGUGGCAGAGAAAUGCCAGCCAAAUGUAAAGACUUUUACAUCAUUAAUAAAUUCAUGUAGGAAAGGAGGUCACGUUGAAGAGGCUCAAACCAUAUUUGAGGCAAUGAAAGAGUAUGGUGUCAAACCAAAUGUGGUGACGUAUAACGCGUUGAUUAACGUUUAUACCGAGCGUGGCGAACAGGAUGGUGCCCAACGUGUCUUCCUUCAGAUGGUACAAUCUGGGCUACAACCCACUGGAGUGUCCUUCACGGUCCUCAUGUCCAGCUUCAAAGCAACUGGGGCUUUUAAAGAGGUUUUAUCUAUUUAUGAUCAGGCCAAGCAGUUGAAAACAGUUUGUAGUGUACAGACCUUUACUGAAGCGUUGGACGCCUGCUCAAAGGCCAAGAAUAUUCCAGCUAUGAUUAAAGUUCUGGAUGAUAUGAGAGCAGCAGCGUGUCCACCAAGUGCCGUGACUUGUACUGUGCUGCUUGUUGCCCUGAGCUCCAAGUGUUCUAAUGACGUCGAAGUUUUUGAUCUGCUCCAUUCUUUGGAAGUUUUUGAUUCAGAACUUGCACAAUGUUGUCACCUUUUGCUGACUAAUAGUUCAAAGACCGACACAGAGGUAUUUAAUCUUCUGGGGAGAUGUUUUAACCAUAUCCCACAAGAGGACGAAAAAACUUGGACUGCACUUGGCUCUUCCCUUUUGGACGCACUUUGGGCACUUGGUCGGUAUCGUCGAGCUGCGUUAGUGUUGGGUUGGCUUUGUGAUAACAGUAACAUUCACGAUGAUCUUUGUACGGUGACGCGUAAUGAGUGGAAGCUAGAUGUUCGUCGUCUUUCCUCUGGAGGUGCGAUAGUGGCUUUGUACCAGUGGCUGGCUCAUCUCUUUCUAAUUGCUCAACAGGUAGAUCUUUUGGAGUACAGUGAUUCUGAAGAUGAUUCAAACACAUCUGAUAGCUACGAAGACUUUGCUGCACUUUCCUUAUUCGAAGAUAAUGCUAGGUUGGACGAGUCAGUUGUGAAUGUGGAAGUGACAGUGCCAUAUUUGCCUUCACUGGUACAGUUUGAAGCGAAAGAGUCAAUUCAUGAUGGGUCCGAAGGCAUGAAUGUCAUUGAGGAAACGAAGGCCUUCCCCAGGUUUGUGACAAUUAUUACUGGAUGGGGAAAAUUAAGUAAGGAAGAAGGUAGAUCACAGGUGAGAGCUGGUAUCGAAAGAGAAAUAAUCAAGCUCGGGGUACCCUUCCGAACAUCAAAUGAUGCAGGAAGAUGGACAGCAAAUGGGGAGGCACUUCUGCGAUGGCUUUUAAGACCUGAAACGCCUUCCCGUCUAACUCUCUGGGACAUGUCAGCAAGACUUUCACGCUGAAGAUAGUUAUGUCGUAAUGAGUACAUUGUCUACCCUGCAUCCAUGUCAAAUGGCCGCUGCUAAAGAACACCUUGUGACCUCUUUGUGUUAUUCAUCGUCACCGAAUAUCCAUUCGUCUUACCAACGAAAGUGGAUCUUCCUAGGAUAUCAUCAUAGUGAUUCAUUUCACCACACAAUUAAUUUGGUUGGGCACAACGCAAGUUGUUGAGAUUUAGCAACUUCGCAAUGACCUGCAUACGGAUUGCGUUGAGUCUCAUGCCAGCAUCCAUGACAUGAAUCGCUCUGUCCUGGGUGCGACUAUCAUGGUACAUAUCAAGAUCAAGAUGCUUCGAAACAAUAAUCGGCAUGGGGAAUGCUUAGUGUCAUUCCCCUGUACAUUUCCUAGAUAAUUCGUUACCAAUGCAGAAAGAGUAUUGGUUGCUUUGUCAAGGUUUGAGAAACCAAUUGUAACGAGAGCUCACUGAAGUCUACUUGGAGUUAUGUAAAGUGACAUUAUCAUUUUUUCAUACUUCUAAAGUGGAACCCGUAUGAUCCUCUCGUGUUUGAGGGAAAGUACUGGAUCUUUCCAUCAUGAGCCUUGAA